UUUUUUAUAUUUAAGAAAUGAGGAAACUGUAGUAACGGUAAGUAUUUUUGUGGACCAGCGGAGAUCCUUCCCAUGCUUUUCCAACUAAAAAAGAACUCGAGGAAUUUUUUCAGAAUCUGGAUUUAUCUACUUUACAGAGUAAAAAAGAGAUUAAUAACUUUAAGGAAAGAAAAAGUUUAAUUUCCUAUGACGUUAAAGAAGAACUGCAGACUUAUGAUGCUGUGGAUUCUGCGAGUUCUACUAAAACUUCGGAAGAGUUUUUUCAUUUAAAAAUGGAAGAAGCUUAUGAAAAUAUAGCAAAGUUUGAAGAAGAAGUGAGGGUACUCCAAACGGAGUUAAGCACAGAAAAAGCGGAGUUGGAAGUCUCAAUUCUUCGAAAAAAUACAGUACCUGACAACCUUGUCUUCCAAUCAAGAUUUUAUAAAAAUUUGCAGAAGCAGGCUGCGGAUUCGCAGAUGAUUCUGUUUAACGAGAACUUAUUGGUCGAUUCUCUAUGGACUGAGCGUGAAAAGUGUCACCAGAAUUACAUAUCAUUGUUGGAAAAGUUCAACUCAUUCGAUGAAGAGAAUAAUACUACUUGCAAAGAGACCAUUUACCGCACAGAAGCGCAAAUACUAGCCAAUAAACGGGAAAUAGAAAAAAUAAAAUGUGAAGUUGAUCGACAGAAACACCAAAAGAACUUUAGUUUCGUGCAUCAAGAGGUGCAACUGCUUCUUGAAUCCUUGCAGCUCGAGUACUCUUAUCUUUGCAAGGAAGCUCAGCGGCUGCGCGCGCUACAUAGUGACAGUGAAGCCCAUUCACCGCUCCUAAAAAACGUGACUUCUACUACUUUGAAAGAAGACUUAUUAGAAGCCUAUCAAAAAAAGAAUACUUCAGCCCUUCAAAGUAUAAUCCACUCAAUUAUUACUUUUAAAAAAAGUGUUGAAGAAGAAAGUGAAAAUGAACAAAAGCUGAUGAAAGAUAUGCAGAAAAUCAUUCAAGCGUAUGAAGCAUUGGGCCAACAAAGUAAUCGUCUUUCUAGUAAACUUGCUGGAAACGAGAAAAGGAACAAAGAUUUACUGGAUAAGGAAAAUUACUUUUUGUAUUUCGUAGUAUAUUGGUUUCACUAUUUUAUUAAAAUAGCAUUUGAAUUAUCAUAAACUUCGUCAAGCUGCGUUGGAGGAGAAAAAAUCUGUACAGCACAAACUUGAAGCCCUUCAAAAACGAAGUCGUCAUCUUGACGAACAAAGCGCGACUUUAUUAGAAAAGCAAAGACAAGUUGACUCUCAGACAGUUUACCUGGAAAAUGAUUUGUUUGAAAAAAAACAGAUGCUGGAAAAAUUAAAAAUAAAAACAUUGGAGCAUGCACAAACUUUUGAUGAAUGGACUUGUAUAUACUCCAACGCUUAUGAGGACCACAAAAAGCUCCUUGAAGCAUAUGAAGCAAAAAAGAUACUGCUAAUGAAGCAUCUUACUCUACGAAAAAAGCUGGAAGAAGAAGAAAAAGUUCUCUCGAGUAAAGUAAGGCAGUACAAAAGCCCCCGCGGUGGCCGCCAUAAUGAGCUUGUGAAAGAGAUCGAAGUUCACCAGCAAUUUUUGAAUUGCUCGCUUUGUAAACUUCGACGCAAAAAUACGAUCAUCACAAAAUGCUUCCAUGUAUUUUGUUCCGUUUGUU